CCUUAGGCAGGGUGUGCGGUGCCCUUGGCAGUCUGAAUCGGGGCUUCUCUUUGGGCCCUAUCGUCGCUACGGGGGCAGUGGAGGCAGAGAGGCAUCUAGUCUUGCUGGCUCAUCAAGCCUGAUAAGCAUGAAGCUGCUGUGUCUGGUGGCUGCGGUGGGGUGCUUGUUGGUACCCCCAGCUCAAGCCAACAAGAGCUCUGAAGAUAUCCGGUGCAAAUGUAUCUGUCCACCGUAUAGAAACAUCAGUGGGCACAUUUAUAACCAGAAUGUGUCUCAGAAGGACUGCAACUGCCUGCAUGUGGUGGAGCCCAUGCCGGUGCCUGGCCACGAUGUGGAAGCCUACUGCCUGCUCUGCGAGUGCAGGUACGAGGAACGGAGCACCACCACCAUCAAGGUCAUCAUUGUCAUCUACCUGUCUGUGGUGGGGGCGCUCUUACUCUACAUGGCCUUCCUGAUGCUGGUGGACCCCUUGAUUCGAAAGCCAGAUGCUUACACUGAGCAGCUGCACAAUGAAGAGGAAAAUGAGGAUGCACGCUCCAUGGCAGCAGCAGCUGCGUCCAUUGCAGGACCCCGAGCAAACACUGUCCUGGAGCGAGUGGAAGGCGCUCAGCAGCGAUGGAAGCUGCAGGUGCAGGAGCAGAGGAAGACAGUCUUCGACCGGCACAAGAUGCUCAGUUAGAUGACCAGCAUGUUUGUAUCAGGGAGCCAGGUCAUGGCUGCCAGCUUCUGGGGCUGGACAGAGCAAGUGACCAGUUCCCUUCUUUCAUUCCACUCUCCCUGGGUCUUCCCUUCAAAAGCCCCUGGCAUCUGUCCUUCUCCCUCUCCAGCAGUACAUUUGACUGUUAUGACUAGGGAGUGUGGCUGGGUCUCUGGUUUCUAGUAUCUCUCCAGGUCUCUGGGGUGGAGAGGUGGGAAGGCAAGGCAGAAGGAACAGAGACGUAUGACAUCACAAUUCUGGGUAGAAUUCAUCUCUCCUUGUUCUGUCUUCUCCAUUCCUCCCAGCUCCUCAUCUCGGGGAAUCUUUCUGCCCUUUGGGAGAUAGAACUGUGUCAUUAAGAACUCUGCAUACCCAGGGUGCUGUGGUCCUCAUUCCCACUUCCUCCGGUGCCAGUACUUUAGCUCCUACCUGGCCUGGACCCAGCCUCAGGAACUGUUCUGGUGCCACUGAGAACCCACCUGGAAGCCUCCUUCCCUCUCCUUGGCUCCUGGUCCACCAAUGCAUGGCAGUGCCCAGGCAUGCCAGCAUACUCAGCGACUGUCACCUUCCUCACGUCUCAGGAGGCCAUGCAGCCUCCCAUCUCUUCCCAGUGACUGCGGCUGCUGAGCCAUCAAGUUGAACCACAUGACAGGGAGCUGAGCAGAAGGGGACUGGAAUAUCAUGGCUCCUGUCCUGGGAUGGCCUCUUGUCUCUGGAUUUCAUUGUACCAUGCAUGGAGAGAAACGUUUGUCUUUCUGUUGUCUAUAAAUCAAGGAAGCCAUUAAAUUGUUUUAUUUCUCAAA